AUGGCUCAGACAACGACAACGACGACAGAAAAGAAGGCCAUCCUCGGCAAGGUCCUGGUCAUUGGCGGCAAUGGCUUCCUCGGCCACCACAUCGUCAAGCUCCUCUUCUCCAGCUGGAGCGCCACCGUCGCCGUCAUCGACCUCAAGUGCGAGCGCAACCGCCUCGACGGCGCCCAGUAUUUCGAGGCCGACAUCACCAACGCCGACGCCGUCAAGGCCGUCUUUGACCAGUUCCGCCCCGACAUCGUCAACGUCGAGGGCACCAAGGUCAUUGUCGACGCCUGCCUCCACGCCGGCGUCAAGGUCCUCGUCUACACCAGCUCCGCCAGCAUUCUCUCCGACAACAAGACCGACUUGAGGAACGCCAACGAGAACUUCCCCGUCAUCCGCGCCCCCACCAGACCGACCGAAGACAUCGUCCUCAAGGCCAACCGCACCGGCGAACACAACCUCCUCACCGCCGCCAUCCGUCCCGCCGGCAUCUUUGGCGAGGGCGACGGCAUGACCACCAAGCACAUGGUCCAAAUCUACGUCGACGGCCGCACCAACGUCCAGGUCGGCGACAACAACAACCUCUUCGACUUUACCUACGUCGGCAACGUCGCCCACGCCCACCUCCUCGCCGCCCUCCGCCUCCUCGCCACCUACCGCCUCCAUCCCACCGUGCCCCUCGACACCGAGCGCGUCGACGGCGAGGCCUUCCUCGUCACCAACGACAGCCCCAUGUACUUUUGGGACUUUGCCCGCACCAUGUGGCGCGCCGCCGGCCGGGACGCCGGCCUCGAGGGCGUCUGGAAGCUGCCCGUCGACGUCGGCAUCCUCCUCGGCUUCCUCAGCGAGCGCAUCGUCUACUCUUCCAUGACUAGGUACUACAACAUCAACAAGGCCAAGGAGAGGCUUGGCUACCGCCCCAUCGUCUCCCUCGAGGAGGGCGUCAACAGGGCCGUCCAAUGGUGCCUCGAGGACAACAAGCAGCUUGGCGCCGCCGCUGCUGCUAGGAAGAAGCAACAAUAA